GAGAUGGACGACCAGAUGCGGUACGGCAGCUUUAGCGCGUUACUGUGAAAGAGAGGUAAAAUUUUUAUAAAGAGGAGAAAGAGGGAAGAAGAUCGAUGGGUGGAAGAGUGAUAUCCACAUUGCGCUGCUCGUGCUUGAUCGCUUCGUGUAUUGGCGAUUCGCUGCCCAGGCCUCAAGAUCCGCUUAGCGGGAAUCAGCGCCGCCUCCUCUCGGCGAUCGCGGAAGCAAAGAUUGUUCCUGAGACCUUGCAAAUGGGAGAAGCCGCGGUGGAUUUCUGGGCAGGGUCGAGAUGGUUUAAUGGCAAGCCCAAGCUCGUCGUGGUUGGCCACCGUGGGUGUGGCAAGAACAAGAUCACAGCGCUGGAAGCUGCCGAUUCCAGGCCUUCGAUCAUGGAGAACACGAUCACCUCGUUCAACAUGGCGGCUGCCAAUGGAGCCGACUUCGUGGAAUUUGAUGUCCAGGUGACCAAAGAUGGACAUGCUGUGAUCUUCCACGAUGAUCUGCUCAUCACUGAUGAUAGCGUUGAGAGAGCGAUAGGAGAUAUGACGUUGCACGAGUUUCUAUCCAUUGGCUUCCAGAGAGAUGGCCACCAGGGUGGAAAGUCGCUGUUGCGACGUGCAAGCGAUGGGGCUCUGAGGAAAUGGACUGUCAGUGUGGACGACUCCUUGUGUACGCUCAAACAGGCCUUUGAGGAGGUUCAUCCCUUCACUGGCUUCAACAUCGAGGUGAAGUUCCACGACGUUCUUCCCACGUCAGACCAGGAGCUGGAGCGUGUUAUCGGUGCUAUCCUUUCGGAAGUGGAGCAGUACGCCGGCGGAAGAAGGAUUUACUUCUCCUCUUUCCAUCCCGACGCGGUGGGUUUGCUGAGGAAGAAACAAUCGAGAUAUCCCGUAUUCUUUCUGACCGACGGUGGUGUACAGCUUUACAACGAUCCUCGUCGGAAUUCAAUAGAGGCAGCAAUCCAAGUCUGCAAGACGAGUAACCUCCAAGGGAUUGUCUCCGAAGUUAAAGCCGUGCUAAACAAUCCCAGCGCAGUGGCGCAAGUAAAGCAAGCCGGCCUCUCAUUCCUCACUUACGGCGAACUAAAUAACAUGGCCGAAGCUCUCCACAAACAAGAAGAGGAUGGUGUGGAUGGAGUGAUUGUAGAUCACGUAACGGAGAUGGUCACAGCCGCUCGAAAGAUGGACAAGGUGGCCACUGCAUCCUCUGGAGUUGAUUCUUCGCCCGCUGUUAGAGUCGUGGCGUGAAGGUAAACGAAACUAACAAGAGCUAAUCCAAUUUUACAAAGCUGUGACAAUCAAUAUUACAAAAGAAGUUUUCUCUCUUCUCUAGUA